GAAAUUCAGAAUCUUGAAUGUGAGAGAUGUGUGUUCUGUAAUAGCCGCCAUCGCUGCCAUUGCUUCCAUUUUCGCUAUUGCAGUGUUAUUUUCUGCGAGUUAUUAUUUACACCUUCAUUUUUCAAGUCAGUGUCGUUUUUUGUUUUUGGAAAUGACGUCGGAAGGAGAUAAGCGCAAAUUAGUGGAUUUGCGCGUAGUAGAUUUGCGUGCAGAACUCGAGAAACGAGGAUUAGAUAAUAAGGGUGUUAAGGCGACAUUAAUUGAACGGUUGCAGAAGGUACUGCGGGACGAAGGGCAUGACCCAGAGGAAUACUUGUUUGACAUUGAGCCGGUGAAAACUCCCAAACGCACAAGCAUGAAACGAGGAGAGCAGGAUACCGAAUCGGAAACACAUAGUAAUGCUGAUGAAAAUCAUGACACAACUAUGGAAGUAGAUGAAGAAGGAAAGGAGAAAGAGGAGGAGGAAGAGGAAGAGAAAAUUGAAAAUGGCAAGGAGAACGAUUCUAAGGAGUCUUCUGAAAAAUCUGGAAAAAUGGAGGAGAAUACAGAAAUUGUUACUGAAAGUACUACAAAAUCUGAAGAAAAAUUUGAAGAACAGUGUGAAAGUUCUACUGUGACAGCAGAUGGAGAUAAGAGUGUACCGGAAGCAAAUGGUGUAGAUAAUGAGGAUUCAAUCAAUUUGACAAUUGGAGAAGAUGAAGAAAAACUUCUAGCUGAUGAGGUUGGCCAUGAGGAGGACAGUAGCAGCCAAGAAAAAGAAGUCAAAGAUGAGGGAGAAAGAGGAGGGGUGAAUCCUGAAGAGGGGACAGCAGUUGGGGAUGGUAAGAAGCAAGCGGCUGGCCAGGAAGAAGAUAAAGAUACUGCAGGUGAAGACGGCAAGCAAGAGAAGGCUCAAGAGGAGAACAGAGAUGACAAAGGAGGAGAUAAGGGCAAGAGGUUGCGGGCAAAAUCUACAGCAACUACUGGUAGCAGCCGCAAUCUCUGGGUCAGUGGUUUAUCAUCGUCCACUCGUGCAACAGAUUUGAAGCAAGUGUUCUCAAAGUAUGGAAAGGUUAUUGGUGCUAAAGUUGUGACUAAUGCUCGCACUCCUGGUGCUCGUUGUUAUGGUUAUGUCACAAUGGCUACAAGUGAAGAUGCUUCCAAAUGUAUUCAACAUUUGCAUCGAACUGAAUUACAUGGGCGGAUGAUCUCUGUGGAAAGGGCCAAAGGGGACGCUGCUGGCCCACCAAAGAAAGGAGCUGAUGGCCGCCCAGUGCCAGGGAAAAAGGUGGAUGAAAAAAAACGACAUGAGAGAAAGUUAAGCACUAGCUCCAAAACUGAAGAUAAGAAGUCAGAUAAAGAGGACAAAGGUGAAAGUGGGAAAAGUGAAGCAGAUGGCACAAAGGAUGAUGAAGGAAAACAGGGAGAUGAAACAAAAGAGAAAGAAGAGUGUGCAGAAGGUGAAGAAAAGGAAAAGGAUGAAAAUGAAGAGGAGAAGGAUGGUGGAGAACGUCGUCAUUCAUCAGAUAAACCGCGUAGUAGGGAUGUUUCUCAUGAUCGCCGGGAACGUCACAGAAGUGCAGGCAGCAGCCAUUAUUCACAUCACUCGAGACCGCAUUCACGUAGCCCUCAUCGACGUGUGUUUAGGCCUGGAUCCCCUAGUCGUCGUCCAGGGGUUCUGACAUUCACUCAGAUAAGGGAGGAGCGAGAAAGGCAACGUCUUCGUGAACGUGAGCGAGAAUUACGAGAAGAAGAUCGUCGUCGCCGAGAAGAAAUGGCUCGUCAGCGUGAAAUUGAAAGGAGACAGAGAGAGGAAGCUGCACGUCUAGAAAGAGAGAAGGAGAGAUUACGAGUGGAACGAGAACGUAUUGAAGCUGAGCGAGCUGAACUGAUGAGAUUAGAGCGUGAGCGUCAACGUUUAGAAAGAGAGAAGUUGGAACGGGAACGUGAAGAAUUGAAACGGCAACAAAUGAGGUUUGAGGAGGCUAGAAGAACCACCAAAAGACCAUCUGAUGAUCGCAGAGACUCGUACGGAGAAGAUAGAAAAAGAGUUGCUACGGAACGGCGAUAUGAAGGUUCUCAGUCUUCACGUUUUGAAGAUGAAACAAGGUCGAAUGACUUUCAAGGCAAGAAGGAGUAUAAGCAUGGAGGGGAGUUUGCUGGUCGCCGCAACGCUGGCGGCAAGUUUGAGGGUUCCAACUAUGAUCAGGACAGUCGGACUCCACGGGGGGAGGGAAUGGUCAUGAAGAAAGAUCCCAGUCAUGAAUUGCCUCGGAGAGACCACACUGUGCAGGAUGUGGGGAGAGGGAAGGAUGGCAGGUUUGAACGUGGUCCUAGUUUCCGAGUUCGUGAUGAAAGACGACCGGAAAGUGAUCAUCGUCCUAAGGUGGAUAUGAGACAUUCUGCUCGUGAACGAUAUCCUGAUUCAGCUAAAGGAGAAGGUCGAUAUUCUGAAAGAUCAGGAGAUUCUUGGCAUGCAGGAGGUGGGCCACCACCUGUGAAACCAUUCAGUUCUUUAAGUGGAAGUGGAGUUCCGUCAAGAGAUUCUUGGGGAGCAUCUGGAGAUCGUAAAUCUGAUGGAGGACAAAGCUGGGGACGGCCAAUGGAAUCUAGUUCAUCUGACAGAUGGGUGAGUGGAGGAAGUGGUCCCAUGGGAGUUGUGGGACGCAGUGGACCUAGCAUGGGCGGCCCAGGAUCUAUUUAUACGAGUCAACAGAAUGUACCUCCAAAUCCCCCUGGAAUGAACAUGGGGAUGUCAAGUAGUGGUCCCUAUGGAGCAGAUAGGUUCGACUCUUACAAACAGUCUAUGGGGCCAAUACGUAAAUACUGAAUGAUAUAAAUAUCUUUUAUGGACGUCAGUGGCAUGAACAAUUCCUGGAAAAUUAGCAUUUUUUACUCUCUGUACCUCUUCAAUAAAUGUUUCAUUGUAGAAUUCAGUGUUCAGGUCAGCAAGCUUGUUCAUAGCAAACAAGGACAGAUUGAUACAUGCCAGAUAUGUUCUGUACAUUCCUCAAUGCUAGUAUACUAAAAGUAGUUGAAUCAUUGAAGGCUGGAAAGUGCAACCUACCAUACUAGUGUUCGUUCAUCCACCUUCAACAUCCGUUGUACAGUCCUGACUUCAUAUUUCAAGUAGAUUUUAUUUUUCAUUGUGUAAUUCUUACGCAUCUAGCUCAUAGAACGUGUUAUUAGUAUCAUUUGUUUGAAUGUACCCAAGCUGAAUUAUUGUAUGCUACAAAUUGUGAUCCAGUUAUAUUAUUCAUACAUGUGAUCUUAAUUCUUAUUCUCAAUGCUAAUGUACAAUAUUGCAAAUGCGUAUUGUAAUUUUAAAACAUUGAUGUGUUGGAAUGUUUUCUUCAGUAAUGCUUUCCUGUAUGGGCUGAGUAUAAAUAAAGCUGUAAAAACUUCAGUCCUUCCACUUUGACCUGAAAUAAUAAAUAUAUUAUUAAACUACCACUACACGAGUUUGAUUUGAAAUGUACAGUGGGAUCGUGUUUGUUUUUCAAGAGACAAUCAAUUUUGAGUGUUCUGAGAGGAGACUACAUUGUUGAAAAACACUUUUAUUGUUAUAUAUUUUGUAAGGUGUAGAUUGUCAUUAUUCAGUAUUAGUAUUUAACAUCAUGUCCAAAAGGAACGUUAGUUACAAUCACCUUCUUAUGAAUGAUUUUAUUAAUUAUUUAACUUGAAAUUUUGGAGAUCUUUUGUGUCUUUUAUACAAGCUGAAUGUUUAAACUGAUGUUUCUCCUAUGUCCUUUCCAGUUUGUCUGGAGGAGACAAAAACCCUCUGAAAUGUCAUUUUUUAAAAUAAAUAAUUAAGUAAUUCAUAAGGUUUUAACACUAAAUAUUCAUUCUGGACUUCACCCUUUGUUAAUCACUUAAAAAACAUUUGUUGGAUUAUCUAUCAGACCAACAUAAGCUUCUAUUUCAUGCAGAGAAAGCUUCCAUUGAAGAUUUCAGGAACUCUUUAACUUUCUGAGUAAUGUACUUAAACAAUUAUAUUCUGAGGUGAGUUCAUUUGUACUUCGUAUAGAUACAAUUUCAAUUUAUUUAUGUACAUUUUACUCAAAGAUUUGAAGUUAGAAAAUUUAACUUUUGUUUUUGUUUUAUAAAUUGUAUGAAGAGUCGACCGAGGUGUUAAGUUUUUGCAUAUGUUACAUUGAUAUACAAUUUCUUUUAAAGAGGAAAUGUAAUCCUUGAGAGAAAGAGAAAGAAAGAAAGUCAAAACGUACGAAGUUAAUAACAUGUUUCAAUAAAAUGGUUUGAACUAAAUUGCUUUUCUGUUUAAUGGUUUUAAAAUUGAUUUAUUAAAAAUAUGUUAGGAAUAAAAAACUAUGAAACAUUCAAUUUGUUCUUUUAAUGUUUCCUUCUCUACAACAUAAGGAAUAGACAGAUAUGUACAUGGUAAUAUACAAAUACACAC